UUAAACAAAUGAAGGGAAAAUACAUUUUAAGCAACUUGUUUAAAAUUAUGUUUAAGAAUGUGUUUGUAAGACUGAUCAGAUUUUCAUUUGCCAGAAUGAAAUUUAAGAACGUGUUUAUAAGACUUCUCAGAAAUUCAUUAAUGUUGUUUAGUCAUCACUGAGCUUUAUCAAAUUUUAACUUCAACAUUUAGUGGUGUUACGAUGUGCGCUUGAGAGGGCCACCUAGUGGGAUGUUUUUGGUAUAGCGUGUCUUGCUCCUGCACUACAUUUUGAUCUGAUAGAAAUAAGAUAAUUAACUAGUUUGUUCAUGUACCAAAUACAUUUGAGUUAUCCUUUCUGUAUAGAUUCAGCUGUACAUAAAUGGGUGUUUAAAGCAUUUCUAUAAUAAUUUUAUUUUAUUUUUAAACAGAAGAAGCAGACUACAGUGCCUUUGGUACAGACACACUAAUAAAGAAGAAGAAUGUUUUAACCAAUGUGUUGCGCCCUGACAACCAUAGAAAAAAGCCACAUAUAGUCAUUAGUAUGCCCCAGGACUUCAGACCUGUGUCUUCUAUUAUAGAUGUGGAUAUUCUCCCAGAAACACAUCGUAGGGUUCGUCUUUACAAAUAUGGCACUGAGAAACCCCUAGGAUUCUACAUCCGGGAUGGCUCCAGUGUGAGGGUAACGCCACAUGGCUUAGAGAAGGUCCCAGGGAUCUUUAUAUCCAGACUUGUCCCAGGAGGUCUGGCUCAAAGCACAGGACUAUUAGCUGUUAAUGAUGAAGUUUUAGAAGUUAAUGGCAUAGAAGUGUCAGGAAAGAGUCUUGAUCAAGUAACAGAUAUGAUGAUUGCAAACAGCCGCAACCUCAUCAUAACUGUGAGACCAGCAAACCAGAGGAAUAACAUUGUUAGGACCAGCCGGACUUCUGGCAGCUCUGGCCAGUCUACUGAUAACAGCCUGGUUGGCUAUCCACAGCAGAUGGAGCCCAGCUUUGAGCCAGAGGAUGAAGACAGUGAUGAAGAUGACAUUAUUAUUGAAGACAAUGGAGUGCCACAGCAGAUUCCUAAAGCUGUUCGUAAUACUGAGAGCCUGGAAUCACUAACACAGAUAGAACUCAAUUUUGAGUCUGGACAAAAUGGUUUCAUUCCUUCUAAUGAAGUGAUCUUAGCACCCAAAGCAAGUGGCACAAAUACAGAAUUUGAAAUGCAUGCUCCAGAUCAGAAACUCUUAGAAGAAGAUGGAACAAUCAUAACACUAUGAAACCAUUGUUUGAACUGUUCUGAGUGAAGGAUGUGACCGGGACUUGUAAA